UAUGGCAACCAGCAAAGUGUCAUGGCGGCGUGCAGUGCACGAAAGCUGCGACGUUGCAUUGUAUACGUAUACGGGUUAUAUAAAUAAUCGGAUAAUUUAAUGCGAUGUCGGACUGUGCCCGUUCUCGCGGGGACGCAUUGUUGCGCAGUGUUAAACCGAGGCACGUGAGAUGCCUGAAUUUCGGACAAUCGAUACUCGAGCUCGCCGCCGUCGAGCAGUGCCGCGUGCCGAAUGGCGUUCUCGUGCUCCACGAGAACGUAGCUGGCAUACCGUGCACCGAGAAAGGCGAUUACGUGCGUAAGUGGCUCGAGACACACGAGAACGACAGGCGCGAUCCGUCGCAGUCGUCCCCCGUUCUGGGAUCAUCGGCGACUACUACAGCCUCCCAGAGAUCGCCGAUUCUCGGCAGCGGUAGGAAACGGCUUAGGCGAAGAAUCUGUAUAAAUAUAAAUGCCGUGGCGAAGAGGUCGAGCGAUGCAACGGCUCGCCAGGAGCACUUCGCAAACUGUACGACGCAAUCUAAGCCACAGUGUGAGUGUAAAGAGGAGAUACAGCACACACCACCUGAUAGAUUAAAGGUCGGCGCCGUCGACGAGACGUCUCCCGUUCUCGGUACUCAACGCGUUUAUAAGAAAAAGAGAAGAAAACUGCAGUACAGACCAGGGACUAGAGUUUCUUUGGAGUGUUCAAAGCUGCACAAUCAUAAAAUCACAAGUACAGAUCUACAGUCACUAACGGAACCAAAUAGUAACUGUAAUCAUUUAAGAAAGACACUUCUGGACCAAGAUAGGUUGCAAAAAAAUUUGGAUACCACUGGGAGAUUUGUCUCCUCAGCUGAGGCAAGAGAAAGUCCAGAGAAAUACCAGCGAUAUAUAGAGACAACUUCAUCCUCGUCACAGGAGAAAGUGAGUUUUGCCGACAGUUCCAGUAACAGCAUUGAUGAAAGUAACAGCAUUGUUGAAAAUGAUUCAAAGAUAGAAGCUGGUAUGAGCAAUGUCAGCAAAGACGAGGAAUAUAAACUUACAAAUACAUCUGGCAGUACCGACAGUCUAAGAAAUUUCAUAGAAGAUGUCGAUACACAGGAAAUUGAAUCAACAAAAUCUGAGUUCGCAGAAACAGAGAGACAAUAUUUAGGCCCCUUGAUCUCCAUGGGGGAACUGUUUACACCCUUGCGAUUGACUAAUGACAACUUGGAUGAAACUUAUUGUCCAGAGGCAGAAAUGAUGCAGGACCAAAGUACACGUUUGUCUGCAAAAAUCUCCGAGGUGCCAUCUUUAAAUAGAACCACCCAAAAGACAGGCAAGUCGACCCAAACUGAGGCCAUUGUCAGCACGAUAACAACUCCGUCGAAAAAGUCUCCAAACAGAAAUAUGCACGCAUGUCUUUUGGACUCUGGGAAGAAACGCCGCAAACCCAAAAAAGGUAGUAUGGCUGCAAGACUGCAAUCUUUGGUCAACGCACAAACGUCUAGCAUUCGCAUAUGGCAUCAUCAGAUGAGCAAAGAACACAACGCUACAUCAGCACGGUACAUCAGUGUACUCGUAUGCAAUUCCACCAAGCAAUUCGGCAAUCAGUUUCUGGAAGGCGUCCUAAUUGAAGACUGCUACAAUCUUCUACAAGGUGAUGUGGAGAUUAAGAAGGCAGAAGUGAAAAAUGCUGAAAUCCAACCAAAGCCAGUCUCGUACAAAAAUAUAACGAUUAUGUUAGUCUGUGAUAUAGUCGGUACACUGAAAAUGAUGUCGCAAGUUGUGAUAAACGUUUAUCCGCCCUGGAAUAUCUUGGAUAAGGAUGAUCUUACUCUAGAGGCUACAUAUAUAAGUAUAAAUAAUAAUUGCGAGAUACCUGAUAUUGGAGACGCGAGGAAAUCGUCGGGUAAGCGCAAGAAACGAAUUCUCAGAGAGUUUAACUGUCCCUGUAUAGAGGAACAGAGGGAAUUACCGUUCUGUUCGAGAAAACCUAGUGGUGAUAAACCUGACGUAAUGCAGCAGAUAUUUAAUUUUCUUUCGAGAACGAUGUCGAUUAUGCAGGAUCGUCCCGAAUUAUACGAGGAAGUUAAACUCUACAAAAACGCUCGGGAGAGAGAGAAGCACGACAAUCAGGCGGAUCUGUAUGCCGUGGUAAAUACAUUGCAGCAUUUGGAGAAGGCUUACAUCAGAGACUGCGUUACGCCAAAGGAAUACACAGCGGCGUGCAGUAAACUGUUAGUGCAAUAUAGAGCUGCAUUUAAGCAGGUACAGAGUGAUCAAUUUCCGACAAUCGAUUCCUUUACCAGAGCAUUCCGCUUAGAUUGUCCCGCUGCCCUUGAGAGAAUCAAGGAGGACAGGCCAAUCACGAUAAAAGACGACAAAGGCAAUACCUCUAAGUGCAUUGCCGACAUCGUUUCGUUGUUUAUCACACUUAUGGAUAAAUUACGACUGGAAAUCAAAGCCAUGGAUCAGUUACACCCGGAUCUGAGAGAUCUCAUGGACACCAUGAAUCGCCUCAGUAUACUGCCUAGUGACUUCGACGGUAAAGAAAAGGUUUCAGAAUGGUUACAGACGCUUGACAAUAUGUCCGCUUCGGAUGAACUAUCAGACACUCAAGUCAGACAGUUGAUAUUUGAUUUAGAGACAUCCUACAAUGCUUUUAAUAAAAUACUUCAUAAUUCUUAAUUCUUUUUAUCCUCUGCCAGUUGGAAUUAAUCCAAUAUUAUCUAUAAUACAAGCCUUGAUGUAUAUAUGUAAUAAUUAUGUGAUGCUGUGUUUAAACAAAAUUAUUAUUAUUAAUGUAUAAAAUUAAUUAUUACUUGUACAUAUUAUUGCGACUAAUUAAUUUUACCGCAAAACAUUGGUCAAAGAAAGUAAAGCUCUAAGGUUCUUCUGUAUUAUAGAUGGUAUUGGUUUAUUCAGUUGUGACAUUUGUAGUAUUUGCAAUUAUACUUUCUUUUUUGUAAGCAAUUCCGUCACGACGCUUCGCAUUGUUCCUUGAGUCACGUGUAAAACUCGCGAUAUUUAAGAUCCUUUUACAACUUUUACUGCUAAAUUAGAUUACUGAUAAAUUUAUAUUUAGAUACACAUACACACAAUUGCGCAAAACAGACUAUUUUAUAUGCGAUUCUUUGUAAACACCAACAAUUGCUGAACAACGCUUGUAUAUUAUCGCGUUAUGUAUAUUAUCGAUUAAGCCAAUAAAAAUGCGUAUGAUUUUAAUA